AUGAAGUUCACUCUUGCUCUCGUUGCCGCCAUCGCCGGCUCGGCCAUCGCCCGUCCUACUACACUCGCCGACCGUGUCAAGUCUCGCCGCGACGGAAACACUAGACACAAGUCCCACCCCAACAUCAAGGUCGGAUCAGCCACCAAGGAGAAUGUCAAGUUCAUCGAGGGCGAGUCCAACUCCACCGCCCAUGUCCAAUACUCGAGCAACUGGUCUGGUGCCGUGCUCGAACAACCAACCUCGGGCUACUUCACCUCUGCCACUGGCCGAUUCAACGUCGUUACCCCCACGUACGCUGGCGACAGCGACUCGGAAUCAGCCUCUGCCUGGGUUGGUAUCGACGGCGACAGCUGUGCCUCUGGCCUCUUGCAGGGAGGUAUUGACUUCACUGUCGACAGCUCUGGCGACGUGUCCUACGACGCAUGGUACGAGUGGUACCCCGACUACGCCUACGACUUCAACAACUUUGAUGUCAACUCGGGCGACAUUAUCCAAGUCGACAUUACUGCUACCUCGACCACGCGCGGCACUGUGCGCCUGACAAACACCAGCACCGGUAAGAGCGUCAGCAAGACCCUCAACGCCCCGAGUGGCUCCACUCUCUGCCGCCAAAACGCAGAGUGGAUUGUCGAGGACUUUGAGUCUGGUAACAGCCAGGUUGCAUUGAGCAACUUUGGCACCGUCACCUUUACCUCGGCCAGUGCUAGUCUGAGCGGUGGUGGUAAGGACGACCUGAGCACCGCCACCAUUCUUGAUCUCAAGAUGGGCGGAACUGUUUACACCGAUGUUACCAUCGACAGCAGUUCGCAGGUUAGCGUCAAGUAUAUCUAA